CCAGGAGUGCAACAGCAGCAGUGCAGAGCAGCAGCAGUGCAGUGUAGUGUAGUGCGAACAUGUUCUCGUCAGUGAGUGUGCUCCUCGGGGUGGUGGUGGCCGUCGCGGCCCUGGCGGCCGGCGCACCGUCAGACGGCUGGGCGCCCUCCAGCCAGAGCCGAGCCUUCGGCGCCUCGGCCUCCAUGGCGAGGCGGAGCUACUCCGUCGCGUCACCCGCCAGCAACCGAGUCGCCCCCGUGGCGCGGGCAGCGACCCCGGCCCCGGCCAAGCAGGAGGAGGACGAGGACGUCGAGGAGGCCGCCGAUCAAGACGACGGCCCCGAGGCGCGCGCCGCUGCCCAGAACGAGGUCGGCGACGAGGAUAGCUGGUUCAGCUGGCUGAUGCCGUCCGCCGAGAUGAGAGUCGUCGGCAAGGUUUGGGACGACUGCGCGGCCCGAGACGACACCACCACCUGCCUCAAGGGCAAGGCCCUCACUUUCCUGGACCGCGCCGCCACCAAGGACAACCUGGCGCUGCCCGGCGGCCUCGCUCUCGUCCGCACCGCCAGGGACUCCGGCGCCGCCAAGGCCCCCGUCAACGAGGCCGAACUCGAGGCCAGCCUGCCCCGCGAUCUGAACCAGCGCGACUCCAAGCUGGACCAGAUGCUGCUCGACAGAGUCCUUGGCUUCGUCCAGACCCACGCCCUCCGUUUCAACCUCGCCGAGCAGGGUGAAGAGCGAGGCAUCAAGAAGAAGGACCUCCUUCCCUAUCUGCUUCUCGGCAAGCUGGUGGCCUCCUCCAUGGUGGCUAUGGCCUUCACGGGGCUGGCCCUGCUCGCCGGCAAGGCCCUGAUGGUGUCCAAGAUCGCCCUCCUCCUCUCUGGCGUCGUGGCCAUCAAGAAGCUGUUCAGCGGCGGCCAUGGUGGCCACAGCGGCAGCCAGGUCGAAGUGUUCAACGUGCCCAACCACGGCCGCUCGCUGGACGCCAACGACGGUGACUCCCUCGCCUACCGCGGCCAGAUCCAGCGCCCUGCCACCAGGAGGUCCUAGAGGCAGAGCGGAGAGGCGUUCAGAGAGUAGAGGGCAGGGCGAUGGUGACCGGCCGAGGAGGAGGACGCCCCCGAGGCCACGAGAAGCAGGAGGAAGGGGCUCCUCUACGCGCGCCGCGCUGCUCCGCUGCAAGAGGACGAGAAGAAGUCCCUGCUCGCUGUCUAGUCCCGCUAUUCUACGAGUCUCUCUCCUGAAGAGAUCUCCAUACUUUCUUUUCUCUCUAAUCGAUUCGUAAUCUGUUUUUCCCCGCAGUGUGCGUGCCUCUGGGGCCUGCGCAUCGCAUCUGGCUGGCCAGAUGUUGAUGAUGAUGAUGAUGAUGAUUCCAGUCGCGCCAUUGUUUCUCUCUCAGGGCGCGUUCGAGAACGCCAUCCUAGUCUCUGUAUCCCCCCCGCCGUCCACUCCUGACGGCGGACAACUCGUUCUCGAACGCGCCCCUAUCUCGCCACGCUCGCUGCACUGGGCGCGUUCGCAAUUUCGCUCGCGCGCGUCGCGGCACACAUCCGGACGGACUUGCGCGCGCGGCGGUCAGAAACGGUAAGGAACCUGCGGGCGGCUAGGCGCGUAUAGCUGCGCGGGGCCCCGCCCCCCGGGCGCGUGGGCCGUGUGUGCGGAACGGGCUCGGCUGCGGAACGCGCCCGCGGGGCCCAGCACGGCACGCCGCGGCACGGCACACUUCGCCUGUGACUGACCACCGCCGUCCGAUAAGACGCGGCCGCGCCGCCCAGCAAAGCAGAACGCACCCGCGAUUAAUUGGGCGCGGAGAGUAGUGCGGAGCGUGGCCAACACCGUCCUCAUCUCCAGCCGCUCUCUCUAUCCCCCUCGCUGGGUUUGUGUGCCACUCGAUACCCCUCUCCAUUUCUCUCCACCUCCCUCUCUCUCUAUCUCUCUCUCUCUCUUUCUCUCUGUCUCGCCUCCAACGACCCCCACUGAACUGGUUGAACGUUACCCCCGGCGACGCCACCCCCUUCGUUCUUGUCCCAUCCGAUACCACAGAAUGACGUACCUGACUGCUGCUGACUACUUGGGUGCACGGGGUCGAGGGCUGCGGAGGGACGCACGUGUAUAGCAGGGCCGCAGGGCCGCGAGUCGCUGCCAACUUGUGGAACGGAAACUGCAUCGUCUUGUCGUUUGGGUUGGCAUCGGCCCGCGUCCCCAGUUUCUUCUCGGCGCUCAGUCCCAUGCUGGAGGAGCCUCCCCCGGUUUGCCGGCCGAUCGCAAACCCUGGCGUGCUGAGUCGCCCGACCUGCACAGCGGUAUGGACCCGCCCCUACCCCCGCCCCCGAUACACCCCGCAGAUAGACAAACGUCCAGAUCCCCAUCAGCACCCCAAUAACUCCGGACUUCAUUCUGUGAUCAGGACACGAGUCCGCUCAGACUACGACCAACCAUAAACCCCCUGACGGAUUCUAUACCCGCUGCCAAACGGACUGAGUUACCUUCUUUAGGGAAGGCAACUUUCUGACUGACUUGUGCGACCAGAUGACGUAUUUUUAUUUUCUGGUUCGGACGAGACGUAGAAUAUUUUUGACUGAUUCGAACAGAUUUGAACGUCACAAAUCUGUCUAGAUUCGUCUCGGAAGUCUUGCCGAGUCGAAUACUUUGUGCUCUUGACCUUUCGUCCUUCCCGCCCUAUCCCUCUGUACUUCAGGUGUUUACGCAGUAACUUUUCCCUCCGCCUGUGUAAACUUGUUUCUCUGAAAUUCUAUCUUGCCAAUGUUUAGUCAAU